UCAAAAGUGUCAAAGUCGCAACGCACCGCACGCAUUGUCGCAUCGCGUCUUUACUCGUAUUUGUGAUAACUUAUUAUUUCUCUGUUUACAGUAAGUAAACCGAGUUCUAGCAAUACUUCAACGGUUUCAAGUUUUUCCUGUCCGACAAGGUCCUCAGUGAAGCGAGAAAUCGCCGAGAGGUUGAGAAAUAAAUCAACGCUCGGAAAAAAGAGAUAAGCAACAUGGGCGACUCAGAGGCAGCAGUUAACCCUAAAGCAUACCCACUCGCGGACGCCGCUCUCACGGCCAAGAUCUUGAACUUGGUGCAGCAAGCCGCCAACUACAAGCAGCUUCGUAAGGGCGCCAAUGAAGCGACCAAGACAUUGAACAGGGGACUCUCCGAGUUCAUCAUAAUGGCGGCAGAUGCCGAGCCAUUGGAAAUUGUGCUACACAUUCCUAUCCUCUGUGAGGACAAAAAUGUACCUUAUGUAUUUGUUAGGUCUAAGCAGGCUCUGGGUAGAGCAUGUGGUGUCUCCCGGCCGAUCAUCUCUUGUUCUAUUACUAUCAAUGAAGGUUCUCAGUUGAAACCGCAAAUUCAGAGCAUUCAACAAGAAAUUGAAAGACUCUUAGUUUAAGUGAUGUGUGUGUAAAAGUGCUAUUUUUAAUAAUACAAAUUGUAUUUAAAAAUUACAUGGAUAACAUUUUUGUAAAAUCCAUAAAAUACAAAAACUACUAACCUAA